AUGCAUGAAGCCUCACCGAGCUCACUUCCAGCCUCCAAGGAAACGAAAGUGGACGGCGUUUUCCUGACGCGAAAAGAGGGAGAGAAGGAAUGGUCAGCUGACGAAGCAAAGUCACCUUCAAAAGUUGAAUCGAAGAAGCUCUUUGCAUACGUGGUCCUCAAGACUCCGCAGCAAAAGGUGGGCAUGCACGGAGAUGAGUCAGAAGAGCAGAGCGAGGCCUGUGGUGAAAACCACGUCGCACGCGUCGACGAGCUCAGCGUCUUCGGCGAGACUGUCCACGCUUGCAAUGGCCAGCUGCCAGGGCCCCUGGUUUGGACUGCUCUUACACUCUCGCUCUGGACCACUCUCACCGUACGACCGCAUGAUGUGUUUUCUUUGCCGCAGAGCUUCUGGCUCCACAAGAGCGACAGCCCGCUUUCGUUCUUCCUCCCUCCCCGCCGGCCACAGCGGGGAGGUUCGCGGGAGAUGGGCUUGGCCGCUGAAGCAGCUGAUGCCUGGCUGCCGUUGGCCCCCAAACGCGCCGAUGGUUGGUUCCUGUCACUCCUGGGAGAUUGGCUGUGGCAUCUGUGGGCUCCUGGAGUGGUUGCGUGGUUCUUGGCGAUCUGCUCGGCCAAGGACGCAGUGGCACAAAAGACAGAAGCCUACAGCAUCGUUCCCAAAACCUUUCAGGAGAAUGUUGAGAUGGUCUUCUGUCCAGGGGGCGUGCUUGCACAGGAAGAUGAGCUCUGCCGAAGCCCCUUGGUGGCGAAGAUCUUCCGAAUCGACCAGGACACCUCGAUCCAACACGUGGAGCUGGCCAUCCAAGAGGCAAAGUUACUCCUUGCCGCACAAGGCCAUCCAUCCAUCAUGCGCAGCUUCGGGCUCUUCCGUGCGAAGACUGGGAUUUCUGAGGACCUGCUCGGCACCUUCGCUCGGAAGAAGGUCCGCGCUGGGGGACGGCACCCGCGGAAGGUGUUGCCUGGAGAUGUAGAGAGCGUGCCACUGCAUUUUCUGGUCAUGGAGCGCUGCCAGUGCAGCCUUCGCGAUCUGGCUGCUUUGCGCUGCCUCACAGAGCCGGAGGCCGCAUUUGCUGCCGGGUCCGUUCUGCGAGGGCUGGCACACCUCCACCACCGGAACAUCGUACAUCGAGAUGUCAAAGACUCUAACAUUAUGGUCACCGACGGUGGCAGGCGUGUGGUUCUCUGUGACCUCGACAUGGCUGCCACCUUGCCCUCUGCUAAUGCCAGCAUUGACUGGGCUUGUGGAACCUCGGGCUUCAUGGCACCCGAGGUGCUUGCCUGCCAGAAGGGCAGCUGUUCCUCCGACAUGUUUUCCUUCGGCGUGCUUCUCUAUCUGCUUGUCACCGGGAGCCAUCCAUUUCUGGAGGCAACCUACGAGGAGACCUGGGACGCAACACUCAGGCGUCAGAUCCCGACUGAGCCAGCUGGUGUCCUGGCCAACACCAGUCAGGCGCAACGUUUCGUUUGCAAGUCUCGGAGCGAAGCGACUUCCACUACGACACGCCCAAUUCGUGCCGCUACUCUGUCGAAGCACUUCGGUUUAAUAUGUUCCCUGACCCGUUGCGUGCUUCUGGUGGGUUCGAUUGGAGUUCUAGUCGAACGUGCCUCACGGUCAUUGGCUCGGGUCCAGCGAUCUAGUCACUUGUCGAUGCUUCUUCGCUGCUGGUCUGGGUUCUGA